CUUCCAUUGGAUGGCAGCAACGAAUAGAAUGUCGGGAUAGCUUGCACGGCUGCUACGUCACGUCAGAGUCGCCGGAGGCUGUCAGGCGACGCAGUCCGAGUCUGGAAGCUAGAUCACUGCGGCGGCGUCGAAACCUCGCACGGCCGCGGUCGUUUCCCCUCUUCAGGCCCGCUGGCCUCGGGGAGGCCGUAAACUGACCCGGCUGAAGGCUGCAAUAAUCGCUGGGUAGCAUCGACCCGGCGUUCGGUGCCCCUUGGGAAAGGGGGCACAGGUUCGCUUCGUCUGAGACGGCGACGGGAGCAGCUCUGCCUCUUCGACCUCCCUCUCUGGUGACUGACCAAAGGCUCCCUUGGAAUUUCCAUUCACCGAGUGACCCUGAGUUCAGUGCGACGCCCAGCUUGUUAAAGUCUCUGGCUGCACUCGGCUUUUCAGGUACAUCCCCGCCUCUUCUCUCUCACCCUAGGUAUCCUCAAAUGCCCUGAAUUGUGUUGCUGAAAGGGCCAAGACUUGGAAGGCAGUGAUCGAGUUUUAGUCCUAUGUCUACCAGGCAUAUAACAUUACUAAUAACAGUGAUUUGUAAUAACAGUAAUAACGUCACUUAUUUUUGGGCGUUUGUUAUGUGCCGGGUAUUGUGCCAAGUAUAAUUCUUCCAGCAACCCUGCUGGUUUAAGUGUUAUUUGAUUAUCUUAAAACAGGUACAGAGGGUAGGGUAACGUUACCAAGGUCACACACCUAAAUGAAGAGCCUGCCUGUCUCCAACGCCCAGGGGCAAAUUACUUAUGUGAACCACAGUUUCUUCUUUGUAAAAGGGAUGGCAUCAGCAGGCAGAGUUAUCAGCGUGAGACCUUUGUGUACCUUGCAAAAUGCAAAUAUUAGGUGGUUUGUUUUGAAAGCAGCGCUAGCACCUGCUUUGGUACAAUAGGGUAUUGCUCCAUUUACACAUUUAUGCAAAACAAAGCAAACCCUCAAUUAGAUGAACUGACAGAAUAGCCACAACAAUGGACAUACCAACCGUAAUGAAGAUGACACACGACUGGACAACGUUUCGUUCUGUUAUUCAUAGGGUCGCCAUGAGUGGGAGCUGACUCAACAGCAGCAACGACAACAAGCAUGUCUUCAUAGAGAAGGAAGGCAGUGUAGUGAAAAAGCAUUGGAUUGAGAAGCAGAAGCAGAAGAUCUGGGCUCAGAAUCUGACGGCUGUGGAUUAGCUCUGGGACUUGGUCAUGUACAUUCUUUGAGCUUUAUUUCCUUUCCUGAGAGGCACCAUGGCUUGUGCUGCUGUCAUGAUUCCUGGGUUGUUGCGAGGCUCUGUUGGCACCACCUGCACUCGGGCUGCUUUGUUAAGACUGACACCUAGGUCUUUGCGCCACCUUACUCUAACCAGCGUAAUGAAAUCCAAAAGGAAAACUGAUCACAUGGAGAGAACUGCAGAUGUCGUUCGCCGGGAGGUUGUGUCGACAGCUAAGGUGUGUGGAGCUGCCAAUGAGUCACCCUCAGUGAAGAGGCUCCACCUGCUUGUUGCCGAAAAAGAUUUUUCCUUUAAAGCUGGCCAGUGGGUUGAUUUCUUUAUCCCAGGAGUCUCUGUGGUUGGUGGAUUCUCAAUAUGCUCCAGCCCCAGACUGCUAGAAGAAGAGAGAAUAAUAGAAUUGGCAGUGAAAUACACAAACCACCCUCCUGCUCUCUGGAUUCACAAUCAGUGUACACUUGACUCUGAAGUGGCCCUGAGAGUGGGUGGACAGUUCUUCUUUGACCCUCAGCCCACAGAUGCUUCUAGAAACCUCGUGUUGAUUGCAGGAGGAGUAGGAAUUAACCCCCUGCUUUCCAUCCUGCGGCACUCGGCAGAUCUCCUCAGAGAGCGGGCAAAUAAAGGAAGUGGAUUCGAGAUAGGAACAAUAAAACUAUUCUACAGUGCAAAAAAUACCAGCGAACUCCUAUUUAAGAAAAAUAUUCUCGAUUUAGUAAAUGAAUUUCCUGAGAAGAUUGCAUGCAGUUUGCAUGUUACAAAACAGACUACACAAAUCAGUGCAGAUCUCAAGCCAUACAUCACGGAAGGAAGAAUAAUGGAGAAAGAGAUAAGAGAUCAUAUUUCAAAAGAGACUUUGUUCUAUAUAUGUGGCCCACCUCCAAUGACAGACUUUUUCUCCAAGCAACUAGAAAACAGCCAUGUUCCCAAAGAACACAUUUGCUUUGAGAAGUGGUGGUAGGGAAUGGGAAGAGGCAGAAAAGAGAAAGAUGUGAGAUCUA